AAACAUUGUUGGAUUCUGGCAGGUAGCGCCAGUUUGAAGCGAGAAGCAUGGAGGAGGUGUGUUUAUGUUGCAGGAAGUUGGCGUUGUUUUGACGUUUGGUUUUUGAUAGUUCGUACAAUGUAUUCAUGUUUCCCCAUCUGAAGUCUAAUGUUGGUAAACGUUUCUGCUUUAGUGGACCUCGACGUUAAGAGAUGACGGAUCUUUUAAUUCAGUCCGUUACUUCAAGAGGGGACACAUUUCCCCGAAGGCUGUUGGAUGGAUGUAGGUCGUCUGUUGUGUCUCGUUACAGUAGAGGCGGGGGAGAUUCUUUUGGUUCGGAGUUAAAACAUAGCAAGAGUGAUGACUUGGUUCUUCAGAGUGCAGCAAUAAUUCCACCAGAUAUUCAGCAUGCGCCAUGUGAUUCAUCCAUUACGAAGACAAAUUGUGUGGUGUACGAAGAUGACUUGGUGUCUACACAUGUUCUUCCUAAAGCAAAAUAUUUCAGUGAUAGUGAGGCUGAUGAGGUUAGGUCAAGCAGUGUUGAUAAAGCAGCGCGAAAAAUUUCUGGCGACUUUUCUGAUGUGCAACGAAUAUCGAAUCGCCAUAUGGGCUUGUAUGAUCGUGUGGAUCCAGAAGAUAGUAUCCGGGAUAUGAUAACAGAAAAUGAUUUUUACAGAUUUGUCUUGUUCAAGAAGCAUUAUGAAAAAUAUUUACAUCUGUCACAGAAGUACGAGGAAGCGAGGAAUAUUGCAUACUAUUUGGAGGAGAAAUACCAUGAAAUAAAGGCUGAACGAGACGGUCUCAGUCGGGCGCGCCAGGAGCUAGAGCGGAAGUUGGAGACAAAGGACCUAGAGUUGCAUGAAAAGGAAGAGGAAUUAUUCCUACAGUUGGAGAAGGUGGUACGUCUUGAAGAGGACUUCGAAAAGUUACGAGCCGAGAAGGAGAAAUUUGGGCAAUGGAAGGACAGACUGGAGCGAGAAAAGAACGAGGCCUACCGACAGCUAAAGCAGCAGGCUGCAGAGUCUGAGGCAACUCGCCGAGGGCUAGAACGCGCUCGUCAGGAAGUUGUGCGCCAGGUGACUGCCAUUGCUGCAGAAAAGGACUCCCUUGAAAAAGAGAACGAAAAGCUCAAAGAAACAUUGAGUGAAGAGCGAAAGGGUGUUGGUCAUUAUUUGGUUGACCUCACCCAGCAGAAGAAAAGGAUCAGUCAGAACCUUAUUGGCCUGGAGAAAGAAGUGACGGAGUUAAAAUUUGUUGCACGGCAGAGUGCAACACUCAACAACCAAUUCAAGAAGGGCAUGAAACACCUUGCCAUGUGCAAGAGGAAGAAGUGCUCUGUCUGUGCAUAUACAAAGGCCACAUUUGGGGACUACACAGAGAGGGGCAGUGACAAGAAGCAACUACUGUCCUGCUUCCAAGCGCCAUUGCAAGAUCUGCGCAAUUGGAUACGGCCUGUACCCCUCACCAGCUCCUCCACAUCUGACAAGUACUCCACUGCCUCAGAAGAUUAUGACGGUACCGGUGCAGCACGAGGGGAUAGGCGCCUCUCAGCCAUUUCUGGUUACUCUGCAUUUUUAGGUCACUCAUCUCCUUUCCCAUCCACCCGAUCUGAAUACUCCUUCCGCAGAGCUUAUUCUUCAGAGGAAACAGAGACCCAGACCUCCACGAGUUCUCCUUCUCCAUCUCCGUCACUUCCUAUAGAUCUCACUGGUGAAAUGGCUUAUGGUGCUAUGGAUGGCCUAACACUCCCCCCAUACAUAUCCUACAUUGAUGAGGUAAGCACUAGUUCGUCUAAAUCCAGCAGUGAUGACUCUGGCCAUGGGGAGGAAUUAUCCUCAUUCAACAUACUUAGUGCAGCAGCAGCAGGAGGUCCACCUUGCCAUUGCACAUUUGGCAAUCCUUCCAGUAUCCCACUGACAGCAGACACCUCGCUCACAUCAGCUUCCUCCAACAUAGGAGCUGGACCAUCACUGCCUGCUGCUGUGACAGGCAGGGCCUUCUCAUCUGACUCUGGCUUCUCCUCAGAACUCUAUGACACAGCAGGGGGACAUCGCAGCACAUCCACCCCAAAGAGUGGUAACAAGAUAAAUGCAACUAAUGACAACAUUGACAAAUCCACCCAAGGACUACAUCGCUCAAAAUGGACUGCAUCCUUCAGGAAGCUAAUCAACAGAGUGUCAAAGAGUGAUCCACAAAGGAUGUAGGUGUUACUUUCAGAAUGACCUGCAAAACAAAAGUUAGUAUGUGCAGUUGAAUAGUCCAGCAAGUUCAUUAACUUGCCAGUGCUGAUAUGUGACAUUAUGUUUUUUAAAGCUGGGUUACACACGUUGUUAACCUGUUCCAUGAUUUACUCACUGUGAUUGGAUGAAAUGCCAACAUGAUAUAUCAAUGGGAAAGUUUGAUAAUAGCAGCAAUGUGAUAAAUAUUUCUUCAUAUUUCAUGCUUUACGCUGAACUGGAAAUGAAAAUAGUACUGUUGAAUAGUAAUAUGUUUCUAAUUUGAUGUUAGUAAUUAUGGAAUACUGACUUGUGGUUUUAUUUAUGUGGCAGAAAUUAUAUGACAUUUUAAUAGUUAUUUAUAUGAUUAAAUGUUCAUUCCUUCAUAAAUUUUGGUACAUUCAUACAUUUCAUCUCAACAAAGUAUUUGUGAUUUUCACCUUCAGUCCAGUGUAAUCAGAAAUGGUGUACUGGAUACCUCACCAGAUUCUGUAUUUCCUUUGGUGCAAAAGCUGUAGUACAACAUUAAAUUAUAUGCUUUCAAUAUAAAUUUAGUGUUCCAUGUCACGUCAUUACAAAGGGUACUCUUCUGUGCUUUACUUUUUGUGGUAGCACACCCCAUUGUUAACUAGCUCAGCCUUAUUGCUGAGGAGCAACGGAGCAGUAUGUACUUACUCCAACAUGAGUAUGUUCUUAAAAAUUCUUAACAUUGCAAGAAGAAAAGGCUGCUUUAUAUAAUAAUGUAGCUGUGUUUCUGUUUGGGUCAGAAGUUCAUUUCUGCAGUGAUUUGUCCAUCCAGACCUACUAGUGUGGUAGUGAAUAUGCAUUUGGUAUACCAGAUUCAUCUGAUACAAAAAUAAAUAACGAAUCAUAUGUGUAUUAUUAGGUUUGCAGUUUCUGUCAAUGAUGCGGCUGCAUGCUGCAAAUGAAAAAGAUGUUUCUAUGAUUAAGGUUGUUGUUGUAACUGACAAUUAAGAUGCAAAUUGUUGCACAUUAAAAGUGUACUGGUGUUAUUGAUGUUGCUAAAUAGCUAUAAUGCAAUGAAGACAUAAGCCCCUAUAACCAGUAAUGUUAUAUCAGCGUUAUUUGACAGCUCAGAAUAUGUCUAAUGUCAAGAAUUAAAUUGAUCCUGGAAUUUCAUGCCAGAAUUCAAUUAAAGUUACAAUAUUUUGAAAUUUAUAUUCGUAGGAAUAUUUGAAAGUGUUAAAUGAUGCAGAAUGACGAGUACAAUUCUUGCCAUGGGAAUAUUCAGAUAUAAUUCGGCCAGCUGUAUCUGAUGAAAGACCUGAAUGCUGGUCUCUCCUGUUAUAGAAACAACGCACUAAUUAUAUAUGUUGUAAUUGGUCACUUAUUUAAUUCUAAUUGUUUUAUUCAAAGUUACGUAGGAGUUAGGGGAUCCUGGUGACUUCUGUCAUAGGUCCAUUAGAUAAAUUACAACAUAUAACCUUUCGUUCAUAUAGGUUUAGUUAGGAAGCAUUAUUAGAAAACCAUAGUAAGCACACAGUACUUAACAAAUGAGAUAUCAGAAUUAAUGGCUAAUUAGGUGGAUGUAUUUUCUGUAGAUUAUGUUAGUGUUUUAAGUCAUAUUGUUCCUCUAUAACUAGUUUCUAGGUUUAAUCUGAAAACUUCACUACAUCAUGACUCCAGCCAUUGCACUGCAAGAUGCCUCAACAUUCCAUAAAACUUAAUAAUAAUUUGUCUUGCCAUUUGUAUCUUUAUAAACAUGUAUUAUGUACAGUGUCCACUUCCAAUUCCUAAACACACAGAUUGUUCUGUUUUUUUUUUUUUUUUUAU